GAAUUCGGCGACCAUUACUUCUAAACAUAGGCUCACAAUGCGCACGUUUAAACAUUUGACAAAUGCUUCUAUCACUCGCAUCAGGAAAAUGAACUUAACAAGAAAGCACAAGAUCAUCUGUGCUACAAUAUUAUUCGGAUUAAUAAUGUGCAUACUGGUUACAAUUUAUAACGAAAAAAGGAGCUAUCAGGUUCCCGAAAUGUCAGCGGAAGAAAGCGAGAAUGUUAAUGUCUUCGAAGACGACGUUGUCACCUAUGAGGCUGGGGAUUACGUUUUACCGGACGAUGCUACGCUUAAGCAAAUGACGCGAGUGCAAUUGCUCGGCGUCUUUUGGAAAUACAUCAACCGUAUCCAGACGUUGUGCAGGAAUGUAUAUCGUGUUGGUACUGUGAAGGACGGGGGAAAGGAAAUCUGCACUGAUAAGCCCUAUCGACCAUCUCCACCGUGUAUUGUAUAUUCCUUUGGGAUAGACUAUAGAUUAGAGUUCGAUUUGGCAGUGGUGAAGCUAUUUGGAUGCCAGGUGUACGCGUUUGAUCCUAGCAUGAAAAUGGAAUCCAAGCGAGUAUCUGAACACAUCUGGUUCUACAACUGGGGCCUUGGUGGCGAGGAUACGGUAACUAACAAUGGCUGGGUCAUCAAAACGCUUGCAACCAUUAGGAAAGAACUUGGGCAUUCCAAUAAAACAAUCGACGUGCUGAAAGUGGACGUUGAAGGAGAUGAAUGGCAUGCUUUACUACAAAUGCUGAAAACUGGAGCACUGAAAGACGUGAAACAAAUUGCCAUGGAAACGCAUUUUCUGGACAAGGGCAAUUUUCCAGAAGAGGGCAAUGCACAAUUGUCUGCCCUUAGGGACUUAUAUAACGCUGGAUUUAGAAUAUUUAUGAGGGAUAGGAAUAUUGUUGGCAGUAAGAACCUGAAAGGUGACUGGUCAAUGACAGACCUUAACGAAAUUUCUCUAAUUAAUACGCGGAUUGUAAAGACAAAGCAAUGAAGUACAUUUUAUUUCACUUCCAAACAAAUUAUACUGAAUUUCAACUCACAGUGUCAAGUGCACAGACUGUUGUUGAAAGAGGAAUUUGCGAUGCGGUGACUUAUGUUUUCAGAAUCACAUAUACAUGUUUUCAUGGUAGUCUUUUCUGGCCAAAUGCAUUUUUUGAAGCCGUUAACGUUCUAAAACAAACAACAACAAACAAAUAGGUUUCUAAUUUUCAAAGUUCUUAAACGGAACAAAAUGUUUAAUGCUACAUGCUCCACUGGUUUACUUAAAAAAAAGUCAAGCUUACGUUUACUUGCAAAAUGAAAUUCAGUUUCAGGUUCAGGCAAACCAUGUACAUUUCGGUUAUUGCUGGACAAGACGUUAAUUAAAACAUAGCACGUGUCUUUCUGAUGUGCCUUUCAAUUUAGUUGAAAUAUGCCCUAUCGAAUAAUAACAAAAUCAGACAAAGUUUUUUGUAAGUAAAUGUAAUUGUUACUUCAACGUCACAUAAAUAUUACUACUUAAUUUUGCCGAACGCAUACAGGUAUUUUUAAUGGGUGUCAUUCCGAUAAGCUGCCAGAAUUUGCUUCAACAUGUGUGUUUGGAUGGUUUUUCAUAAUAUAAAAUAAGUGUUUUACAAAGAACAAUAGCGUUUAUUUUUGUGAAGUGUAAUGCAUCUUGCAUUAAUUCUCCCCCUUUCGUUGCUUGCGGUUCUUAUUAGUAUUCAUACAAUAGAAUUAAUGAUUUCGUCUCUCGUUUUUUUUAUUUACUUGUUUCUUACUUACUGUUAUAGUUAUUCGUGUAUGUGUGUCUUUUUUCUUUGUAUAAACAUAUAUGUAUUUUCUUGUUUCAUGGUAUAUUCACACUAAACAGUUUUAAAGCUUACCUGGUCAGUGGUUAAAUGUUUUCCUCUGUUUCGCUUUCGAUUAAGCUGAUAUAAGUUGUGGAAAAAUUACAUUGGCUGACCUUCUUUUCUGUAUUUAAUUACAUUUAUCUUGGUUGAUACAUACACAUGACAAGAAAGGAAAUGUUUGUACCAUUAUACGACGCAAUCAUAUCAUGUUUCGGUCAUGUAGUGAGGCAGUCGCGUUUUGCUUUGUGUUUUUCAUAGAGGCGUCAGUGUGCAUAAUUUUUUCUUGUUUUUUUUGUGUUGCUUUUUUGGUUUCUGGUAUUUCUUGCAAAAUAUGAAUUGUCAAAUAAAAGAAACAAACGUUUGCCUAACAAUUA